AUGUCAUUUUCAACGAGGCAACACAUGUCAAGCAUGCUUUUUACGGUUGUGAUAUUUCUUCUUUUUGGACUCAUUCGUCAAUUAGAUGCUAUUCAGUGUUAUACAUGUAACGAAGGUGGUUUCUACUGCCCUUUACCACUGUAUUUCGAUGCAGGGGAUGAGAGUAAUGAAAACACAAUCGAUACAGCCGGCUACGAUCCAAGUUAUUCUUGUAUGAGCGAACAAUCGUGGAAUCCAAGUACAGGUGAAACAAAGGUUAUUUUACGUGGUAUAAAAGACUGUGAAGAAGUAGAUGAAGCAAAUCAUCGUGUGAGCUGUUGCUCUACGAAUUAUUGCAAUAAACAUUUACCAGCAAUGAAUAUCAAGACUUUGGUAGAUUUAAUGCCAGCAGGUGCGACUGAAAUCUCAAGUACAAAACGGUAUCUGGCAUCACUAUUAUCGAUUGCUAUGCUUCUCGUCGGUCAACAUCUGUUAGUCCAUUAG